AUGGCGCAACGAAAGCUACAGCAAGAGAUUGACAAGACAUUCAAACGAGUGGCCGAAGGUGUGCAAGCUUUCGAGGGCAUCUACGACAAGCUACAACAAUCGACGAAUCCCUCGCAGAAGGAGAAGCUCGAGGACAACCUGAAAAAGGAGAUCAAGAAGCUGCAAAGGUCGCGAGAUCAGAUCAAAGCAUGGGCUGCCCAGAACGACAUCAAGGACAAGAAGCCAUUGCUAGAUCAGCGCAAGCUGAUCGAGACGCAAAUGGAAAAGUUCAAGGCGGUCGAAAAGGAAAUGAAGACGAAAGCCUUCUCAAAGGAAGGACUAUCAGCUGCCGCGAAGCUCGAUCCGAAAGAGAAGGAGAAGGUCGAGAUAUGCGACUUCUUGGGGAGCAUGGUCGAAGAGCUGGAACGACAGAUUGAGGUCACAGAAGCCGAGGCCGAAACGUUACAAGCGAACAUGAAGAAGGGCAAGAAGGACACAGCGAAGGCCGACAGGAUAGCAGAGCUGGAACGAAUGGCCGAACGACAUAAAUGGCACCAAGGGAAGCUCGAACUGCUACUACGAUCUCUGGAGAAUGGUGGAGUGGACACCGACCAAGUCAAGGAUAUUGAAGAGGGCAUCAAGUACUACGUGGAAAACAACCAGGAAGUCGAUUUCAUGGAAGACGACGCAAUCUACGACGAUCUGAACCUCGACAUCGACGAGCAAAUCUUCGGCCUGCAGAACGAAGACGAUCGCGUGUCAUCACAAGACAACCAAUCACAACACGGCGACAGUCCGGAACAACCAGAGCCCCCAUUGAAGGUCGCACAGCCCACGCCCGCGAAGCUCACCAAGCAGUCCUCGGUCGACAUUCCCAGCGCUCAGCCGAGGAGGCCGUCAGUACAGCUCAAGUCGCCGUUGCCUGCAUUGGCCACAUUGCAUGCUUCGAUACCGAGCAGCGUAAAUGGCAGCGCGCCGCCGGGCAUGAAGCCCGCGCCCUUGCCGAAUAUACCCACCGGCCAGACUCUCAAGUACGCUUCGGCUGCCGCUGCCGCUGCUGCAAGCGAUAAGAGCGGUGUUGGUAUUGCUCCUCUGCCGCCGCCGCCUGGUGCCACGGCUGCCUCUGCCCGGCCUAGCUCAACUGCUUCUCCCGCCCCCACGCCGUCACAACCCGCUACAUACCAGCCCUCGCCAGCGCUACCGCCACUACCUCAACCCGCGAAACCACAGGAACCCCCGGCCAAGUCUCCUUCGCCCGCCCAAGAGCCUUCACCGCCCGCUCCGGAGCCCAAGGCCAAGAAGAGCGCGAAGCAAGCACAACAACCGCCGUCACAGGACUCCGGUGUGCCUCUCACAAAUGGCGACUCUUCCAAGCAGCAGCCACAAGCACAGCAAGUAGAAGAAGAGGAGGAACAAGAAGACGAGUCCAUCUACCAUCUGCCGUCUAGCCUGACUGAUUUGCUCGACUCCUUUACCGCCACAAAGCAGCGCGCUCUGUCAGCGAAUCCCCAAAUGCCCGAGGAACACCUGCUCUCUUUGUCACGGAGCAGCAUGCCUCUACCCAUGGACGCCGAAAAGCCCUACCACUACAAGCCCGCAUCUCCCUACGCCUACACACCCACCCACUACCCCCAAGAGCCCCUCACCGUCUUCGACGACCCGCGACUUUACAGCAGAAUUGAAACGGAUACAUUGUUCUACGCUUUUUACUACCGCCAAGGCACUUAUCAGCAGUUCCUCGCGGCAAAGGCAUUGAAGAGUCAGAGUUGGCGCUUCCACAAGCAAUACCAGACUUGGUUCCAACGACACGAAGAGCCCAAGAAUAUCACAGAGGAGUACGAACAGGGAACAUAUCGCUUCUUUGACUAUGAAAGCACAUGGAUGAACCGUAGAAAGGGAGACUUCAAGUUUGCCUACAAGUUCCUCGAAGACGAACUCUGA